GGUUCAAAAAUCCUGCGUUUAGCAAGACGGAUGUCUGUUGCUAGUGGUUGUUUUACGCAUUGUUUUACAUUCUCAUACAAAAUAACCCCAAAACAGACAUAUGUUGAGUCGGUUUCACUGUCAGCCCAAUGACAGCUGAUGCCGAAAAGAAAAAAACCUACACUCUUCCAUUUCGUCAAAAGUUGUACAACAGAGUGGAUUGGACUGGUUCAGCGCUGGUCAAUCGUUUGUUGAUUAUCUCGACCAGGAAAUUCUUCUCUCUUAUUGACGAUUAUCAUGGCUGCCGUAGCUACCAAGGACAUUGAGAAACCGGUCGUCGAGACUGCGACCGUGCAUCGCAUCCGUAUCACGCUGACCUCCCGGAAUGUUCGCAGCCUGGAGAAGGUGUGUGCCGAUCUGAUCGCCGGAGCUAAGAAGCAGAAGCUGCGCGUCAAGGGUCCAGUCCGUAUGCCGACCAAGAUCCUCCGCAUCACUACCCGUAAGACUCCUUGCGGUGAGGGUUCGAAGACUUGGGAUCGUUUCCAGAUGCGCAUCCACAAGCGUAUCAUCGAUCUGCACUCGCCAUCGGAAAUCGUGAAACAAAUCACCUCGAUUAACAUGGAACCCGGUGUAGAGGUCGAGGUGACGAUCGCCGACCCAUAAGCUGCUGCCCGUAGCACCCGCGUUCGGAAGACGACCGGUAUGUGAUCAGUUCUCUCUGUCUCACUGGUCGCUCGACCAUUGCACUGUGUGCAACUAAAGCCUAGGGCAUGGUAUUGCUCUAGCCCGUUACUUCACCUAACAUCACUGCAACGAAGUAACGGAAACACGUUCCCGUAUUUUUUGUUUGCUUCUCUGAUGAAUGUUCCAUCAUCAGAGUGAAACAUUUAUAUGGAAAAUAAGAAAACAACGCAUUUGAACGUGUGAAAGGGA